GACGAUUGUUUGGUUCUGACGAAUGGCCGCCAUGACAGAAAGCUGCGUUCCUCACGAUGAUAUCGAAUCGGUUCCUUUCCUGGAGGCGGUGACUGACACUGACGUGAGGCCGGGGGGAGAUCUUGAAACAUUGGAGGAGCAGCCUAUAGAAGCUGAAGCUCUGGUGGAGACAGAAAGAGAAGAGAAGCAGGAGGAAGUGGAGCUGGACAUUCAGACAGCCUGUCCUCCUAUAAAGGAUGAUUCCACCACUGCAGAAGCAAAGAACUGGAAGCCUGGUUCCCGCUGCCGGGCAGUUUAUUCAGAAGACGGAUUGGUUUAUCCUGCUGUGAUUCUGUGGAUUAAGGAUCAGCGCUGCCGUGUUCGCUACGAUGAAUACAACAACGAGGAGGAAAUGGAUGUCAGCAGCCUGUUGCAUCCCAACGAGCUUCAUGGGCCGUGCAGAGCAGCUGGUGCAACCAAGGGCUACAGCUUGAGGUUCAACCCAGGCAGCAGUAAAUCGGACUGGAAAAGAAGCAGGAGGGAUGAAAGCAAGGGAGACCGAGGAGGAGAGAGGGGGACACAAAUGAAAAAAGGAGCUGGCAAUCAGAGUAAAAUAGACGAGGAAGCAGCAGAGAAGAGGAAUUUCGCAAACUUUUUCCCACCUUUCACUCCUCCUCGCAUUGGCUCCAUGGACCCACUGUCCUCCAUCCCUUCUCCUCCUCCUUGGACGUUUUUUGAGAACGAUAAAGGCGAUUGUCUGGAUGUCAAUGCCAUCACAAACAUGUUGAUGAUGUGGUACAUGUGUGGCUUCCAUACUGGCUCCUACCUGGCUCAGCAGAAAUCUAAAUCCUCCUCUAAAGACUAACUAAAAGAUCACCCCUGAAAAUGCAUGAAGACUGAGG